CCUUUUCUUCCCAUCUUUGGAACAGGUAAAACCGAGCUGGCCAAGCAGACAGCCAAGUACAUCCACAAGGAUGUCAAAAAGGUUGCCAAGUUUAUCGGCUCCCCGCCUGGCUACGUGGGCCAUGAAGAGGGUGGGCAGCUCACCAAAAAGCUGAGGCAGUGUCCGAAUGCUGUGGUGCUCUUCGACGAGGUUGACAAAGCCCACCCAGAUGUCCUCACCAUCAUGCUGCAGCUCUUCGAUGAGGGCAGACUGACGGACGGGAAGGGGAAAACCAUUGACUGCAAGGAUGCCAUCUUUAUCAUGACCUCCAACGUGGCAAGCGAUGAGAUCGCCCAGCACGCGCUGCAGCUCCGACAAGAGGCGGCGGAGAUGAGCAAGAAACGGAUCGCGGAAAACUUAGGUACCGGUCGUUCAGUGUCGUACUCCCAAUCCCUAAAGCGUCCGCCUCCUUCCUAACGUUGGUCCAACACCGGCUCAGCCUUCCCUC